AUGUCUCUGGGUGGUGAUCUCGAUUGUCUACAUAGGUCUAAUUGGAGAAUAUCCCGUAUCAAGGAGAUAGUUCUUGUGAGUGAGAAGGGCGAGCUCGGUUAUUGUUGCCCGAGUGCCGACUUCAACAAGACCUUCAUCGCCUCGAGAAUGGAGAACCCACAGCCCGAAGGCAUUCUCAGCUGGCGUCUCAGCAGCCAUCCUAUCACGCUGCUAUGCUUCCUCGGCUUCAGAAUCUCAUCUCUCCUCGUCUACCUCCUCGGCGGCCUCUUCACUGGCAAUUAUGUCCUCAUCUUCAUAAUUACGAUCAUACUCCUCGCCAUGGACUUCUACUACAGCAAGAACAUCGCCGGACGCCGGCUCGUUGGCCUGAGAUGGUGGAAUGAAGUUGACACGUCCUCGGGUGAUUCAUCAUGGGUCUUCGAAUCCGCAGAUCCUAGUACACGAGUCAUAAAUGCGACGGAUAGGCGGUUCUUCUGGCUUGCGUUGUACGCACAGCCGUUCCUGUGGGUGGUGCUGGCGUUUGUAGCCAUUGUGUACUUGGAACCUAUUUGGUUAACGCUUGUUGUUAUCGCGCUGGUGCUAACGAUCACGAACACUUUGGCAUUUUCGCGAUGCGACAAGUUCAGCCAGGCCACCAAUUAUGCAUCUAGUGCGUUGUACUCCGGUGGUCUAGCAAGAAAUAUCGCAGGUGGAAUGGUCAGUCGGUUCUUUACGCGAUGA